AUUUUGAACCAAAAUAUUCUCUUGCAAGGAAGUUUCUUCUAAAAGUUCUUAGUAUGACUUCAAUUAUUGAUGAUAUUUACGAUGUUUAUGGAACUUUUGAUGAGCUCAAGCUUUUCAAUGAUGCAGUCCAAAGAUGGGAUGCUAGUGCUUUAAUUGAAUUACCAGAAUAUAUGAGGCAUCCCUAUAUCUACCUUCUUGAUGUUUAUGCUGAAAUGGAGAAAGAAUUAUCUGAUAAUGGACAAUCAUACCGUGUCAAUUAUGCCAAAGCGGAGAUGAAAAAAUUAGUGGGAGCAUUUCUUGAAGAAGCCAAGUGGUACCUUGAUGGUUGCAAUCCAACAUUUGAGGAAUACAUGAAACUUGCAACCGAAACGUGUGGUUAUCAAAUGUUGGCGACAGCAUCUUUAGUAGGCAUGCAAGAAGAUUUUGUAACUAAAGAUGUGUUCGAUUGGGUGGAUAAUGAAGCUUCAAUUGUUCGAUCGGCUUCGAUUAUAUGCAGAUUGAUGGAUGAUAUUGCUGGACAUGAGUUUGAACACCAAAGAGGACACUUAGAUUCGUCUGUGGAAAUCUAUAUGAAAGAAUAUGGAAAAUCAAAAGAAGAGACCACUCUCGAGCUCUUAGAACGAGUCACCAAUGCAUGGAAAGACAUUAAUCAACAAUGUCUUAAACCGACCAUUUUUCCUAUGCCUAUACUUAUCCGAAUUCUCAAUUUCUCAAGAGUUAUAGAUUUGCUAUACAAUGAUGGAGAUUCAUAUACACAUUCCAAAACCAAGUUGAAGGACUUUAUUACCUCCACAUUGAUUAAUCCGAUCCUGUGAAUUUGAAAACGGAUAUGAAUAAGUUUAUAUUAUGAUCUUCAUCAGUUGUGUGACGGUGUUGCUUAAAAUGUUUUAUGUUUUAUGUUCUAAUUUGAAUAAAGAGUGAUGUCUAGUAUUUGUUUAAUUUUCAUGUUUUUGUUGUAUGUUGCGAUUCAAAAUAAAGAGUUACUCUUAGCUUGUAAUCUUUCUUAUUUGC